AUGCUCUCGUUGCAGGCCGAUCCUCGGCAGUACCACCUGCAACAGGUGGCGCAGGAGCAACAACAGCAGAAUCAGCAGUUGAUUUCUAGAAUCCUCUACGAUGGCAGCGGCCUCGCCGGGGGUGAUCAGAGGGUGGAUUCCUCGUCCUCGGCUUUGUCCGCCACGGCCUCCACCAACAUAACGCCUGAUGUUGCUCGCGAAAUUGAUGAGGACAUGCUCGUGACCCUUGCUCACCAGAACUACAAAGCUGGGAACUAUAAUCAGGCAUUGGAAAAUUGCAAGGCUGUUUAUGAGAAAAAUCCACAGCGCACUGAUAAUCUUCUUCUCUUUGGGGCAAUCUAUUAUCAGUUGCAUGAUUUUGAUAUGUGCAUUGCAAAGAAUGAAGAAGCUAUUCGUGUAAACCCACAUUUUGCUGAAUGCUAUGGAAAUAUGGCAAAUGCUUGGAAGGAGAAAGGCAAUAUUGAUGUUGCAAUCCGCUAUUAUUUAGUUGCAAUUGAGUUUCGUCCAAAUUUUGCAGAUGUGUGGUCAAACUUAGCUAGUGCAUACAUGAGAAAAGGCAGGCUAACUGAAGCAGCACAAUGUUGUCGCCAAGCCCUUGCAUUAAAUCCACGCCUGGUUGACGCACAUAGUAACCUCGGCAAUCUGAUGAAAACACAAGGCUUAGUGCAGGAGGCAUACACUUGCUAUGUUGAGGCUAUUCGCAUACAACCUACAUUUGCUAUUGCAUGGUCCAAUCUUGCCGGUCUUUUCAUGGAGGCAGGUGAUCUGAACAGGGCAUUGCAAUACUACAAGGAAGCUGUCAAGCUCAAACCAAAUUUUCCAGAUGCAUACUUGAACCUUGGAAAUGUCUACAAGGCUUUAGCAAUGCCUCAAGAGGCCAUUAUGUGUUAUCAGCGUGCUCUCCAAGUGCGACCAGACUAUGCUAUGGCUUUCGGAAACCUAGCUAGUUUGUACUACGAGCAAGGCAACCUAGAUAUGGCAAUACUCAAUUAUAGGGGAGCUAUUUCUUGUGAUGCUGGAUUCUUAGAGGCGUACAACAAUCUGGGUAAUGCGCUGAAAGACUCUGGGAGAGUUGAAGAAGCCAUUCAUUGUUAUCAUCAAUGCCUCUCUCUUCAACCAAAUCAUCCUCAAGCACUAACGAAUCUUGGAAACAUAUAUAUGGAUUGGAACUUGGUGAGUGCUGCAGCACAAUGCUACAAGGCAACAUUAGUUGUGACAACUGGGCUCUCUGCUCCAUUUAACAAUUUAGCUAUAAUAUACAAGCAGCAGGGUAGCUAUGCGGAUGCUAUAUCUUGCUAUAAUGAGGUUCUACGGAUUGAUCCGUUGGCAGCUGACGGACAUGUGAAUCGGGGUAAUACUUAUAAAGAGAUUGGGAGGGUUAAUGAAGCAAUUCAGGACUAUCUCCGAGCUAUUGCCAUCAGGCCAUCUAUGGCUGAGGCCCAUGCCAAUUUAGCUUCAGCUUACAAGGACAGUGGCAAUGUGGAAGUGGCCAUAAAAAGCUACAGACAGGCAUUGAUUCUACGGCCUGACUUCCCAGAAGCAACUUGCAAUCUACUUCACACAUUACAGUGCGUUUGUGACUGGGAUAAUCGGGAACAGAUGUUCAUUGAAGUUGAAGGAAUACUUCAAAGGCAGAUUAAGAUGUCAGUUUUACCCAGUGUGCAACCUUUCCAUGCAAUCGCCUAUCCUCUUGACCCAAUGCUUGCUCUGGAUAUCAGUCGGAAAUAUGCUCAGCAUUGCUCUGUGAUUGCUUCCCGCUAUUCACUUCCUUCUUUCAAUCACCCUCCUCCACUACCCAUUAAGGGAGGUAGUGGGAAUGUUCGAUUGAGGGUUGGGUAUGUGAGCAGUGAUUUUGGAAAUCAUCCGCUGUCACAUCUUAUGGGUUCCGUCUUUGGAAUGCAUGAAAAAGAAAAUGUUGAGGUUUUCUGCUAUGCUUUAAGUCCUAAUGAUGGAACUGAAUGGAGGUUGCGCAUCCAGUCAGAAGCUGAGCAUUUUAAAGAUGUAUCAUCUAUGUCAUCUGAUAUGAUUGCAAGGAUGAUUAAUGAAGACCAAAUACAGAUUCUUAUAAAUCUUAAUGGUUAUACCAAGGGGGCUAGAAAUGAGAUAUUUGCCAUGCAGCCUGCUCCAAUCCAGGUUUCAUACAUGGGUUUCCCUGGAACUACAGGUGCAACAUAUAUACAUUAUUUGGUCACUGAUGAGUUUGUUUCGCCUACACGAUACUCACAUAUUUACUCUGAGAAGCUUGUCCAUCUCCCUCAUUGUUAUUUUGUAAAUGAUUAUAAGCAGAAAAGUUGUGAUGUACUAGAUCCAGACUGCCUACCCAAACGCUCAGAUUAUGGCCUUCCAGAGGAUAAAUUUAUAUUUGCUUGUUUCAAUCAGCUCUACAAGAUGGAUCCAGAGAUUUGUACAACUUGGUGCAACAUUCUCAAGCGUGUACCAAACAGUGCACUUUGGCUCCUCAGGUUUCCAGCUGCGGGUGAACUGAGGCUUCGUGCAUAUGCUGCUGCACAAGGUGUACAACCAGACCAAAUAAUUUUCACUGAUGUUGCUAUGAAACAGGAGCAUAUAAGACGCAGUUCAUUGGCAGAUUUGUUUCUUGACACGCCGUUGUGCAAUGCGCACACAACUGGAACAGAUGUUCUUUGGGCUGGGCUACCAAUGGUGACACUACCCCUUGAGAAAAUGGCUACACGAGUUGCUGGUUCCCUGUGUUUGGCUACAGGACUAGGGGAUGAGAUGAUUGUCAACAGUAUGAAGGAGUACGAGGAGAAGGCAGUAUCACUGGCACUUGAUCGCCCAAAACUACAGGAUCUCACCAAUAGACUAAAGGUUGCACGCAUCACUUGCCCUCUGUUUGAUACAGAACGCUGGGUGAGGAAUCUGGAGCGGGCUUAUUUUAAGAUGUGGAAUCUGUACUGUUCCGGCCAACAUCCUCUGCCCUUCAAAGUUAUAGAGAAUGAUAAGGAAUUCCCGUAUGACCGUUAGAUGUUAGAUGUGGAGUAAAAUAUACCGAGGCUGUAGAUAUAACAAACAAGAAUGUAAAGAGCUACUUAUUAUGGUCUAGAUAUGUUGUCAGUCACAUUGAUUAUGAUAGUAUAUAUUUAUCUAUCAACAUGGACCAAAAUCCUCCAUCAAUGAGUUCUAUCUAUUUACACUGA